AGUGUCGAGGUUUCCAUGGCGGCGGCCGGAAGCGGAAGCAGCGUAGUCUCCAUGGCGGCGGCCGGCGGUCCCGCGUUGUGGCGGCGGCUCUUGGGCCUGCUUCCUCACGGGAGGCUGGGCCUGGCCGCGCUGCUCGGGCGCCUCUCGGACCGUCUGUCCCUCGGCCGGGACCGGCGCUCCCGGAGAUCAUCAUGGCUGCUGCUGGCCCCAUUGCUCACCCCUGUGGUUCCUCAGGUCACAGCCCCAUCAUUCUGCGUUUGUCCCGAGGGUGCGCACAGGUUCCAGUGGAUCAGGAACCUGGUUCCAGAGUUUGCGGUCUCCAGCUCUCGCAUCCGGGUGCUCUCAUCCCCAACUGAAUUCUAUGAACUCAUGAAGGAACAGAUAAAGGCAGCCAAGCAGCGAGUAGUGGUGGCUUCGCUGUACCUCGGAACAGGACUCCUAGAACAGGAGCUGGUGGAUUGCAUAGAAGAAACCCUGGAGAGGUCACUGCAGGCAAGUGGGCCCUCGGACUUCAGAGUUUCCAUUCUCCUAGAUUUCACAAGGGGAUCUCGAGGCAGAAAGAACUCUCGAACCAUGUUACUUCCACUGCUGAGAAGGUUUCCAGAGCAAGUCCGUGUAUCCCUCUUCCACACUCCAAAUCUGCGUGGGCUUCUCAAAUGCUUAAUCCCUGAGCGUUUCAACGAAACCAUCGGGCUGCAGCACAUCAAGGUUUACCUCUUUGAUGAUAACGUGAUCCUGACUGGUGCAAACUUGAGUGACUCGUACUUCACCAAUCGGCAGGACCGCUAUGUGUUCCUACAGGACUCUCGCGAGAUUGCAGAUUUCUUCACUGAACUAGUGGAUGCAAUUGGAGAAGUGUCGCUGCACUUACAGCCAGAUGAUACCGUCCAGAUGAUGGAGGGGAUGGUGCAUCCUUACCAAGGAGACAAGACGACAUAUUGUGAAGUGGCAAAUAGGAGAGUAAUGGAAGUGAUCAACGCUGCCAGGACACGACAAGAACUCCACACGCAGACUUUUCAUGGGAGGAGAUCAGAAGGAGAUCCGUUAUUGCCCCAGCAAAACCCUGAUGCAGGAGGGGACCAAAAAACAGAACCGGACACCUGGAUUUAUCCACUAAUUCAAAUGAAACCCUUUGGGAUUCAAAUAGACGAGAUAGUGACAGAGACGUUGCUGACAGAGGCAGAGCGAGGUGCCAGAAUACACCUCACCACUGGUUACUUCAACCUCACGCAAGCCUACAUGGAUCUCGUUCUGAGCACCAGAGCAGAGUAUCAGAUUCUGCUGGCCUCACCGGAGGUGAAUGGGUUCUUUGGUGCCAAAGGGGUGGCAGGUGCCAUUCCUGCUGCCUAUGUUUACAUUGAGCAUCAGUUUUACAGCGAGGUGUGCUGCCUUGGCCAGCAAGACAGGGUCCAACUGCGGGAGUACUACAGGAACGGAUGGACUUUCCAUGCUAAAGGUCGGUUCAUCGGGACCUGGAAGCUCAGGUUGCAAUAGUGACAGAAAAUCGUGACCUGCAGCAGCAGCUUCAUCAGGAGCAGGAGCAGCUUUAUCUCAAGUCAGGCGUUGUGUCGUUGUCUACAUUUGAACAGCCAACCCGCUACGUAAAACUGUGGGUGAAGCUGGUAACGCCUCUGAUUAAGAACUUCUUUUGAAAGGAGAGAGGAUCCUCCUCUGGGUGAGUCUGAAGUUGUUUUGCUCCAGGAAGAACUAAAGCUGCAGGAAACAAUACUGAGUUGAUUGCACUUAUUAAUGCAGCCCUGUCCUUUAUAAGGAGGAAGAAUCAGCCCAAUGCUUCCCUUGCAUGGGGAAGGUUUUCAGUGCAGUGUGAAGCUCUUUCCUGAGUGCCUAUAUUCAAUUUCCAUUUGAAUGGGUUAUGUCUCCAAUGCAUGUCGUAGUCUAGCAGUAACUAAGGUUCCUUUUCAGGAACGGGGAGGGAGGAGUCCAAGUUAUCCCCAUGCAUUGAUAAGACUUUCUCUUCUGAAAUGUAUCUCUUGCCAUGGGGACUCAGCCUAGGGUCAGGCCUAGAUUUUACCCUGGCCAGCCAAUGGGAGACAUUGUGGGAAAAUCUCAGCCGCUCUAUGAUCUCCUGCCUGAGUUGGGAUUAAAGAGGGGGAAAAGUCAGCAUAACCUCUGGCUUUUGCUUUGUAAGGAUGAGGUCUCAUCUAAAAUGCCUUUAUCACAUGAAUGUUGGCUGACACAAGGCCAUUUGCUGUCUUUCCUCCUAUGGCAGUGGACUCACCCCAGUUAAUCCCCUAGACUUGGUGAAAAUGCCAACUCAGACUUUAACUAUCACCAAUUUUCAUUCCCAAGAGCCUUAGUGUUGGAGCAUGUGCAUGUGUUUUCUGGUCCUUUACCUUCACUCAACUCUCAGGUUCUGGUUGCUGUGGGUAAGUGCCAGCCACCUGCCACAUCAGGGUAACUGGUUCUAAACUUCCUCUGUAUCCAGGGAUUAAAGAACCAGCACUACUGAGGCCUCAUAAAUGGCCAGGUCAGCCCUGGACCACAAGCAGCCUGGUAGUUGCCUAUUGCCAUAAGCAUUCCUUCACAGCUCUCCUCUCUUGGCUAAAGUCAGUGUCGAUACUUGAAAUAGAAGAUGCUAAAGCGCUGGGGUUUUAUCAUUUUGUCUUCAGGUAGUUGAGCGCUGCUAGCAGAUGUGAAAUAGGAAACUACUCCAUACGAAAGGGAGAGAGUGGUUGGGUUCUUCUGGGUGGUCAGCCCCUAACUAUCAGUGCUGAGCAGAGGUUCCCUGGCUGCCUGGCCAGGCUAAUAACAGUUGCAGUAGGGUUCUGGAGGCAAUGGCAGUGGCAUGAAGGCAAACCAAAAUCCUAUAUGCUCCAAACAGCUACACCAUGGGAGCUUGCUCCUGCUCCUGCUCCUGCCACAGUGGUUCCCCUCAGGGGUAAAAGGGGAGUUAGCUUUUAUAGUCCCUGCAGACAGUACCAGCCAUUAGGGGCCUCCUAUCCACUGGUGACAGGCCUGAGAACACAAACCGCUUGCCACUCCUAGUGCUUUGAAGAGCACCAUUUGUCACCUUUCUUCUGUGUCAUUUCUUACGAGUCUUGUCUAAAAACAACUCUGGCUGUAUUUCAAAGGGUGGCUGUAGUGUGUGGUCUUGUCUGACACAACUUCACUUCUGGGAGCACAGGGACAGAUAGCCAUCACAUCCUAGAAACAGAAGGACAUGUGCUUCCUGACUGACUUCCCACCCAGCUAGCAAAAUGGGUAGUAAACAGGGAGCAUGGCCAGAGUGUAUUCUUUAUGCAGCCCUUUGGUGCAGGUGCUGGAAGGCUUAAUAGCAGAUGCUUAACAGUUGAUCAGGGUGACCUGUGUGCACCUUUCCACUGUUGGGAAGUACAGGAUAGCACGGAGGCUGUGUAGAGCGGUAGCUAAGGCACUGGACAGUGACCGUAUCUGGGCUCUCUUCCUGUCUCUGUUUCUCCUCCCCCUUUGUCUGGUCUAUUUACUUUAGAAGCUCUUUGGGGAAGGGACUGGAACUACAGCGCAUGGCCCAGUAGGGCCCUGCCCACAGGUGAGCACUCACGCAAAACAGAGACCUGAACAGGCAUUGAGUUCUGAGGAAUCCAGAUGGCCACGCUUUAACGGGGCUGUGUAGUCACGGCACCAGUGCUGGGAGCACUGUAAAAAAAAAAAAAAAAAAAAAAAAACCCUCCACGAGAGGUGUAGCUACCCAUGCUGGGGCACUGUCUACACUGCCACUUUACAGUGCUCAGGGGCAUGUUUUUUCACACCCCAUGAGUGAGAAAGUUUCAGUGCUGUAAAGUGGCAGUGUAGACAAGGCCUUUACUUUGGCUUCCUUCUUUUCAGUGCUGGCACGUAGGGUGUGUCUACACUACCAAGUUUUGUUGAUAAAACUUACGUUGACACAACAAAAAUCGCCAAAGGGUGUUCACACUUGCUCCCUCUGUCGACAGAUUGUGUCCCACAUGUGGGACACGAUCAUCAUUGACAGGGUGAGCAAUGCACUGUGGGUAUGUAUCCCACAGUGCAGUGUUGUGGGAAGGAAGAGCUGAGCGCUCCCGCAGCCGAGAGUAGCAUCAUGAGUAACUCUGUGAGCUCUCUGUGCUGAGGAAUGGCAAAGCCGCACAGCAGUCUGCCUGCUGCUGUGUCCCUAGUGCAGGGUAGAACAGGAGCAUUCUGAUGAUUUGCUCUGCGUUUGUUCCCCAAAGGGAGCAGCGCACAGAUACUUCCCGGAGCUUUGAAAGGGGAGGGGCACAUGCCUGCAGGGCAACAGAGCGAUCAGGGCGGGCAUUGUGGGAUACUGGCAGAAGCCAGUUCGGUCGACAAAACAAUCACCAGUGUCUACGCUGGCUCUUUGUGGACAAUAAAGGGAGGGGGAAAAGACAAACGUCUCUCAUAGGCGUGGAAGUUUUUUGUGACAAAAGGCCAAUUGUAGUGUGUACACUCUUGCUGUUUUGUCGCCAAAAGGCAGAUUUUGGGGACAAAACUUGCCAGUGUAGACAAGCCCUUAGUGCUUUAUUGUAACCUGCCUUGUGGAGUAACCCAUACUGGCACCGCUCUGAUGUGUAUUGUGACACCAAUCCACAGUUGGCCAAUUGUUUUAUCCACCCAGGCACUAACACCAUCAUUUCAUGUUUUAUUGUCUUUCCACUGAAUGCAUCCGAUGAAGUGAGCUGUAGCUCACGAAAGCUCAUGCUCAAAUAAAUGUGUUAGUCUCUAAGGUGUCACAAGUCCUCCUUUUCUUUUUGCGAAUACAGACUAACACGGCUGCUACUCUGAAACCUGUCUUUUUAUUGUCACUUUGUUAAAAUACUUCGGGGCAGACAAAAAGUUGGGUGGUGUUUCUGACUAAUGGGAUUAGUACUACUUUGGCGUGUGGAACAAGUGCUUUGUUUAGGCAGUAAAAGUUUAAGCCUGUAAGAGCAAAGCAACAGCAGCAAGAAUCCACUUAGCUGACUUCUCCUUUGUCUUCAGAUUGAAGGUCCAGACAUAGGUGGGGCCUCGCAUGCGUGUCUUGUAGACAGGGCACUCGUAGAUGUUCUUGGUGUCCAUACGGUCCACAGGGAUGGCUCUGAUGAAGAUGACUGGCAUUGAGGGCGUUAACUCCUUCAGUCGAGCAUCUGUGAUGACACCACUAGGAAUGUCCCACCGAGCACCUGCAAUGUUAUGGCUCAGUCAGAAGGUGUUCUAUUUGCUGUAUCGGUGGGGUGGGGGAAGAGUUGUCCUAGAAGCAUGGUUAAGGGUCAGCUGGAGGACCAAAGGGCAGUACUGAAGUAGCCUGGGCUUAGUCACCCCUGGCACGUAAUUGGCAUUUCAGAGUGACUAACAAUAUUACUAGGGAUAAGAUCUCUAACCACAAUGGUCAAUUCUGUCCUUACUCCCCCACUCCAGUGUCCAUGUUAGGGGGGACUGCACAGCUUGGGGAAGAAUGAUAAAUACGGAAACUCUCCCAUGUAGUCUGCUGGGCAUGGACCUCAGCUUGACAGUACAGUGAUCCUGCCACUGGCCUCAUCCCUCUGUGUUUAUUAGCUGUAAGGGACCUCAAACUAAAGCUGAGACAUUCUCACCUAGACUUCCUGGGUCCAGUCAUAUAUACAUAAUGUAACUGUGACCCAAGUAACAUCAACUGUCUCUGCUCUGAGCUUCAAGUGUUGCUGUAUUAAUUUCCAAAAUAAAUAAAUACUUACGGUCACUGUUUGUCUGUUAAUGAGGGCUGCCCUCUGCUGGCAUGUUUCUGACAAUGAUGCACAAUAAAGGCAGCUGCUACCCAAA